CGUGAUGAGCUUCGGGGACUCUGGCUCUUGCUUCGGCCUGAGACAACAGACGGAGAGAAGGAAAGCAACGGUUUCAGCCGGCGUCGAUGAUCUGGUGCAGGACUGCCCAGAAGUCUCCCGACCGACGCUGUGAAGGAGAUCUGGACAGGCAGCGUGCGAAUGCUGAUCCUUGCUUUGGCCGCAGGAAUCAAGAGCCGCCCGAUGGCCCACAGCGGCCGCCGUCGGUUCCUGCUCCGAGAUGCGAGCGCAACAAACACAUCGUCGCAGGCCUACUUCGCUUCGGGCAGCUUGUCGUUUGGGUAUCGAGCUUGCCGCCGAUCUUGCAGGAAAUGUCUCCUCGCCAAAGGAUGCGCAAGAGCAGCGUCGAGGCGGCGAUGGUCCUUGUCAACCCGCUUGACAGGUUUUGCACCGACAUCGACAAGGGCAGGGUUCUGCUGUCCGGACGCUGCCGAUGGCGAUGAAAUCACGGAGUGUCGUCGCUCGUCGGAUAUGCCAUUGCGUCGUCGCUGGUCGGAUAUGCCAUUGCGUCGUCGCUGGUCGGAUAUGCCACUGUGUCGUCAAUGGACUGCCCAGAUCGAUUUCUGCGCCAUAGUGUGCCCUGCGCUUGGCCCACUGCCGAUAUUCAGAGCCUUCUCGACCUGCUGCGAUCGGGAACGUCAGAGCAGCUGUGCUCUUGGCCAUCCCCUCGCCGGGUCAGCAAUCCUUCGGGUCCAGACGCCGGCCGUCUGCGGCGAACGGCCGGGAACAGCAGGCCGAUGCUGCUGAAUACCAAUCACACCUUCUGGUGCUGCCCGCCGCCCUCCGCUCCCAAUCACAGCAGCAUCGUUUGUUGGAUGUGCAGGCCAGGAAUGUGCCGUCGACGAAGCUCUUUCGGUCCUCCACUGCCAUCGGCUCCGUCGACUCUCUGGUCUCUGUGCA